AUGGCCGAAGCAGCAGUGGAGAGACAAAAUGAGAGAUUUUAUUGUCAUGAGUGCAACAGAGAAGUCUCCCUUAAUGUACAAGUACGUUUCUUUACAUAUUGAUUUAUUUACUUUGAUUUUUCUCCAUUUUGACCUUACGAUCGUGCGGAAAUGGACGCUCAAUGUUGGUGAAUUUAAGCUUAGUUACGUAGUUUCGUUUUUACUUUUGUCAAUCAUUUGCGCGUAAAAUUGGCACUAUUGACAAUGGUUUGUAUCAGGAGGGCUUGCUUCAUUAGUUUAUGAUUUCGCGGAGGUAUCAAGGGCUUACAUAAAAGUCUUGGUCGGACUAUAAUUAAGGAAAAUUCGUCUGCCAUACCACCUUUCUCCAAAGGGAAAAUCGCUGUACGUCAUUUAACACACAUCACGAAUCAUUUUAACUUCCUCAUGUUGCAAGUUAUUCAAUGGAUUAUAAACAAAUCAUCCAAUCUUGUGCAAAUUUGUAACCUGUAACAUUGGCAAAGGCUCAUCUUAAAUCUCAUAAUAAUUUAUAACAUACAAAUUUAAUUGCACAACGACUUUGUGGUAGCCUUGUGAGCUGUGUUGGUGAUUGCUUUUGUUAAGUUGACCAACAUCAUGCUUCUGGGAAGCUGUGUUUUAUAGUAAGACCCUUGUACCUGGCAUAUCUAAUCAAUCAUUCGGUAAUAAAAAUAAUCGAAGUUAAUCUAAUUUAAUCAAAUGAUUACCUUUGACCAUUGAUAAAGUAGGAAAUGAAAAACCUUCAGCAAGUAAAUCCUGUUUCGUCUUGAAUUAAUCGCCUCCUCAUUUCUCAUCUCAUCUCCAAGCAAGCAAGACUUAACAUUGAUAUUAAGAGUGUUCUUGUUAUUCAUAGGAAACAAAGGAAAUUGAGAAACAACCUAGGUUAAAUCAAAAUUAACCCAGGGGCGGAUCUAGGGGGAGGGUGCAGGGGGUGCACAACCCCCCUGAGAUAACCUGCGGUUUUCUAAUACAACUGGUAUUCUGCAAAAAAAAAAACUAUGUGGUUUAUUGGUGUUGAAGUAGAGCAAGAGACGAGUGCACCCCCUCCUAAAAAAAAUCCUGGAUCUGCCCCUGUAACCUGAAAUCAAAUUUGACCUGUAACAUAUAUACACAUAUCAAUCUUUCUCAGACCAGAUUAAGGCUAUGAUUUGGAUGUAGUCAACAAUUUGUGUGAAGUUAAAUCAAACAAAAUCGAAUGGUUCAGUUCGAUUAUGUUCGACUUGUUCGAUAAUCAUACUCAUGAAGAAAACUGUGUUUGAUUUUAUUCAAUUGCUGAAAUACGAUAUUAUUGAACAAUUACCUGCAAUUGAAUUUGAUAGACAUUUUGUUGGGUUUUGUUUGAUUAGAUAUGCCAGGAAUCUAACAUCAAAGCACAGGUCUAUUUACUGUAUUAUUUUAUUCGAUUAACUGCCCUGGGCUCUUAUUAAAUUUUUGGACCUUGAGGGUUUGCGCUUAUUCGAGGCUGGGUGCUUAUCAAAUUUCCACUAUUUUCAGCAAGUGUAGUAUGUUUAUUUUGUAACAAAUCAAAAAAAGGUAAUAACAAAACGCGAAGAUAUAACAAAGCAAGUUUCUGUAAAAUACUCUGAAGAAAAUUCCGUCUUCGGGGAAGUCUCUUAUUAGUACUUAUUCAUUUUGUUGGGUGGGAGGGGGAAGGGUGGUGGGUUUUGGUUGUGGGCGCUUAUUUGAGUUUGAGUGGAAGGGGGAGGGGUGGGCGCUUAUUCGAGGCUGGGGGCUUAUUAACUUUUUCUGCCUUUAGGAUGGGCGCUUAUUAGAGGUGGGCGCUAAUUUGAGGUUGGGCGCUUAUUUGAAUAAAUGCGGUAUCACAAAAAUUUAAUGUUUUUAAUCAGUUAAGAGUUUGUUCUGUCAAAGAAGGGUAAGACAAUCGCCAAACCUUCACAUGUAUCAAUCUUGACCCAGAGGUGGACAGGGGCUAGACAGCUUGCUUGCAGAGUAAAUCCAAUCCAAAUUAGUGUUCUCAAAGAAUGACUGAGGCAGACAGUUCCACUGAAUGGUUGUUCGUGGGUAGAAUGAGAGAUAAUGAGAGGAGGUACUGGUAGAUAAAAGAAAUGAAGCUGUAGCUGUGAGAGUGCCGGGAUCUUCAGAGUUGGAUGUCUCAGGUACUCUCUGGCGUCAACUGGUACGAGUCCAUUGUAGAUCUUGAAAUUUUAAGGAGUGCAAGCCGUGCGUCAGCUCUCCUCUCCUCCAGAGUUCUCCAGCCCAGGUCAUCUAGCACAUCAGUGACACUAGAAGUGUCAUGGUAUCUCCUUAAAGUCUACCUUGCGGCACGCCGUUGAACCAUCUUGACCCUAUAGGCUUCAUUGUUUUCAACACCUGGUCUGGGGUCCCAUAUUGUGGAGCCGUAUUCAAGUUGGGGGCAUACAAAGCCCAUAAAUGCCAUCUCACGUAAUAAAUUAUAUACAUAUAAGAAUAGUUACUAAAAUUUAAUAUUAGACAACAGAACCACAUACAAUAUGUGUGCUGGACCACUGCAAACACACAAUUUGUAGAUGUGCAAAAAUUUUCUAGAGGGAGAGGAAUUUGUCCACUUUUUAAAUUUCCUUUGUAUAAGAAAUACAUCAGCCUGAAAAAGAAUGUUCAGCACACACCACUCAAAGUAACAAAUGCAUGAAAAGCAGUGAUCUUUUUCUUAUUUUGUCAGGAUUUUACCUGCUCACAGUGCCAAGGAGAAUUUAUUGAACAAUUAAGUGACAGGUAAGAAUUUAUAUUCUUAAAAAAUUAAUAACUGAUACGUGGCAUUAAACUAUACCCUAUGCAGGUCCCAGUGGACCGAAAUCUCUCACAGUAGUGAAGUAGUCACCCAUUUAAAAUCUUAACUUCAUUGUUACACCUUCCUUGAAGACCUUAUGAAUAUUUGAAUUUAGUGUAUACCAAGCCAUAAACAUCGAUCUGUGACAGUGAUGAUGAGCACUAUAUAUUUCCUCAUAUGUCAUUAAGAAAAUCUUUAACUGGAUGCCAUCUUUGAUCUCAAAUAUACAUACAUGUACAUGUUGCAGGUCAAAAUUAAAUUCAGAUUGAAAAUUUUUAACCUGUCUAUAUAAUUUUGAAAUGUAACAUAUAAAUAUUGUUGAUGGUCUCUUGUAGUGUCUCCAUAGUUUACUCUUAAUGACUAAUGUUUUGAUAUUGGCUGCCACUUUAAAAUAUUGAGGAACCAACAACUGGCUGCUAGAAAAAAGUGAAUUUCAUGCCCUGACUGAUACAAAAUGAGAAUGAGCACUGUAAAUCUAUUUACUUUUUUGUUGCUGCCAUCACCUUUGUUUUGGGUGUCAUGUGGUAAAAAUGAUUUUGCCAUUUAUAUUUUUGUGAGAUUUUCAAUCAUUGGUACAAAAUGCCUAUUAUUCACCAUCACUUUUUUCACUAGUUUGAUAAUAAUUUCAUUUUAGCCCAGAGGAAGAAGAUAGUUUUACAGAUGAAAGAGACCCUGCUGCACAUUUUGCAGAGGUUUGUAUUUUAUUAUUUAAUUCUUAAUUAUUAGCGUGAGAAAACAGCCGAUAUUUUGUGAUGCCACCACUGGUCUGCCUGUAGAAUGAUGUCUGAGGAACGGGUGCAGAAAUUCCACACUGAUGAGGUGUCACAUCUGGUUAGUGCUUCUCAUUGGUUGAAGCAAAUUUUCCAUGCGGCACCACCAAUCAGAAACACUACCUAGAUCUGGGUAGUGACACAUCAUCAGUAUGGAAUUUCUGUGCUUAUUCCUCAGACAUCACUUCAUGGGGAAGCCAUCAGUGGCAGGGUUUUCAGGAAGAGCCGGUGGCUGGUAAAAUUUGCCGGCUAUUUCAUGUGAACUUGCGCCAACUUUUCUUUGGAAAUUACCCCAGUUUAAAUAGAGUAUUCAUGUGCUGUCACUGAAUAAAAAAGCCAAAAUUUAAUGAUGUCUGUGUUCUGUUCAAGCACUCUAAUUUUUGCUCCAGAAUGCUGGAAAUGCACGCUAAGAGGCCGAGAUUUCAAUUUUUUCCAGAAACUCCUGCCUUUUCUGCAAGUUUUUUCUUCUUCUCCACCUACUCCAAAGCUUUUGCCAUCUACUUAAAACCUUAUUAAAAACCCUGAGUGGUGUCAGAAAAUGUCAGCUGUUUUCAAGACACAGUUAGAUUACUUUAAAAUCAUUUGAAUCUGAACAGCACUCCAGUAAUCACUGAUUAUUACCAGCCCUAAUGCAAUACUUUUUUUCUAAAACCAGUGAAUCUUAACAAGAACAUGCCAAAUAGAAGAUAAAAAGUAAAAAUCUAUAUUAUUCAUGGUUACCACUGGUCAAGAAAUGGUCAGGGGAAAAAAAAAAUUUUCAAGGUCAGGGAAAGGUUGAGGAAAUUUCAGUUUGAGUCAGGGAAAAUUUAAAUGUUUGAAAGAAAUCAAGGGAAAAUGAAAUUUUAAGAGUACAUAUUUAUUCUUUUCCCUCUACAUUAAUUGUUUUCUUAUAUUUGAAAUUUUUUUCUACAUUUUACGGACAUGAAUCAUGUUGUAGUGUUGUUCAUUGUGGAUUGUUAUUGUUGUUAAUUUAUUAUUCAAAAUUGAACAACAAGUUAUAUCAAGGAACUAUCAAUUCAUAUUCACUGUACGUGACUUGCUGAAAGUAUAAAUAAAUGGGUGGAGAGGAUGGCUGUGAGGGAAGAGUAGAGGUAUUAUCAGGACUAAUAACUGUGAAAUUUGUUAAUUCAGUUGGUCAAAGAAUGUUACAUUUGUCAGGAAAAAGUCAGGGAAAAGUCAGGGAAUUUAAGAAAUCUGUGGCUGUGGCAACCAUGUUAUUACAUUACUGUUGUAACUUGGCCUCGAUUGUGACCUCCUCAGCUCUGAUACCAUUGUGGUAGUGACGCUUCCAGCACAUGCAAAGCAUGCACCAGCAGAGUCCCAUAGCUAAGAAAAUUUGAUUACCUAUCCAUCCAAGAAGUUUUGGUGGUCACUUGAUUGCUGUCCGUCCAUCCUUCUGUCCAUCCACCCAUCCAUCUGCAUCUAGCUAGUGUGGGAGCUUGCAACCUGAUAUUGCAUGUCCAUGUUGUGGUCAAUUGAUCAACUGAUCGCAAGCUCAACUCUAAAUGGAUUUCUUUGCGAUGGUUACAAGUUUAUUGUUUGAAGUAAAUUAUAAAUUUCUUAAUGGAAGCUUUGAUUUUGGCCUUGGCUAAAUCUAUAUAUUACUAAGAUUGUUAUUAUUAGGAGUUGUCACAAUCAGUCUGUACUUGAGUACAUGUACAUGUAGUUUACUUGUGGCUGAGAUAUCAACAUUUUUUACAUGUAAACUCCACUACCUGUGAAGAAUGUGUUACCUUUUGUCUUGAACUAUUUAGUUAAUAUUAAACUUCUUUAUAUUUUCCAGAUUCUUCAGAGAGGUUUGUUAGGUGGGCUGGCAGCAGGUAACUACAAAUACUUUCCUUUCCCUUGUGUUCAAAGACAGUCAUCAGGAGAUGAAUAUUUAGCGGGUGUGGUUUGGGGUGAUUUCAGGAAAAAAUAUUCUGAAAACAAUAGCCAUAUUAACACCAAAAAACAGGGGAAAACUGAUUUGAUAAGGCGUGGAUAAAAUUCUAGCCUAAACUAAAUCAACAAGACUCGAAAAAGGAUGGAAUAAAUCUCACCUUAUGUACCUAUAAGCCUUCAUAGCUUCUUGAGACUUCCUUGCCUAUUCUUAUUUUUAAAUGUAUAGAAAUUAUUAUGUAAUAAAGGCAAACCUUUAUAAUAACCUUUAGAACAAAAUUUAGUUUGAUAAACACUGUAUUUAAAAUCAUCAGUGCCAAUUAAAACAAAGUCUUAAUGUAGAUUGCAUUUAGAAGUAAAAGACAAAUUGAUUUAAGGUUUAAUAGUUUAUUAUGGCUUUUCUCAGCUUCUGCUGAAGAACAGAGAUUGAGAAGAUCUCGAAGACCUCCAAGAACAAGAAUAAGUAUUCGGACUAACAGAGGGGGGGACAGAGGAGAUGGAACAAAUGCUACGACUGCAGCAGCAAUCGAUGUGUAAGUUAGCUUGAUUGUGAGUUUAAUUUUUGAAUGGUAUGUUAGUAAAGCUGAACUCAAGAUGCAUUUAUCUUGGCAGAUAAUAAUUUUGUAUGUUUUGUUGACUCAAGCAAGACACUUCUUUAGACGUUGUUGUUAAUUUAACUUUUCAAAUCUUGAAAAAAAUCCUUGAAAAGUUCCCAUCCCUCCAUCCCAGCCAAGGGAGGCUAUUCUUAUGUGCAGUACUUGUAAUAUGAUCAGCUAAUGGCUGAAAUAUAAUUGAUACAAGUUUGUUUAGCUCAGAUUCUUUUCUUCAGAAGGGAAGGGACUUAACAGGACGCAUUUUGAACGGCCAGUUUUGGCUGGCCUGGUUCAGCAAAAGUGACAAAUCAAAAGAGUAAACUAGAAGAAUGUUGAAAAGUUGAAACAAACUAAGUUCAGGGAAGAAGGAUGUGUAGGAGGGUUUCCCCAUGUUCCAUUUAGUAACUUAUAAUGCUACUGCUUCAGAAUUAGUAAACUCAAAAAGACCUUUUAAACUGUAACAGGAAAUUACAAUACAUAAUAUCAUAGGUGAUGAAUUACUCCUUAAUUUUGGCGCGACAUUUCAGCGUUAAUUUGUAAUUUCACAUGUGAAAUUACAAAAUUGCCAUGGCAACCCUUCUGUACAUCUCAGUGUCAAGAUGGCGACGAAGUUUUAAAAUGCCGUGAAUGAAGAUGUCAGAGCACAAAAAGACGCUUUAGAAAACCUGAACACACAAGAGAACAUCAAGAAGGAUUCUAACAGGUAUUUUGCCAGAAAAGUCUGAAAAAUUCUGAACUUUAUAAGCCAAAUUUAAGGUCAAAUUUAAGAGAGUGGAGUUCUCGAUCGAUACGAUCCAUGAUAAACAUGUCAAAAAAUCCAAGAUUACUAACGUAAUUCGUCACCCAUGAUAUUAAUAGGUAAUCAAAUGGUAUACUCGUGAGGAAUAAUUUCACGCGCGUUUGGUCCAAAUCCUAAUAAUUUCCCAAGCCUUUAUCGUCACCAUUUGAUUACACAUACUAACUUUGUGCUUAAAUGUUUUUAUCUGCAUGUACCUUUGUACAUUUUAAGUAUUGCUGUAUUGAGUGAUGUUAUGUUCUUCCUUUAGAAUCCUACAAAAUCUUUUUGGAAGUAUAGGAACACAAGGUAUUUUCAUUGAUAAUAUUCUAAGAUGAAUUUAUUUUUAAUAUUAAGCUUUUAUUUUUCCUUUUGGUUCAGAAAUGAUAUUCUUCUUUUUAUACAAAGUGAAUCCAGGAGAGUGCUCAUGAUUAGUGGCUAACAUUUGCCUUUGGGCAAGGUCUUGGGCUCCUCCUAAAUUUUUCUUAGAGCUCAGCUCUGCUCUCCAGUUUCCACUGUAUACAGUCAUAUUACUUUUCAGACGAACAAUGAAAUAUAUUAACUGUCUCCAAUUUGCUGCAAUUUUUGUUGGGUGGGGAUUGUUUAUCAAGAAGUUGACAAUGAGUUUGGUCAUCUAUGAAAGUAGAUUAGUUGUACAAAAUAAUAUAUUAUGGGGGAACACAAAUAACAUUGCACAGAAACAACAUAUGCAUUUUCGUACUCUCUAAUCCAUAUAUUUUAUGCACUUUGUGCAGUGAAACCUCCAUGUGCAACCAUCUCUCAUAAGCAACUACCUGUGCAAAACAUUAAAAUCCCUCCAAUCAGAUCAGAGUCCUAUGGUUAGAAAUCUCUCGUAAUCCCAUUCACCCCUGGGAAUUUUGCCAAAGAACACGUUUUGAAGCUAGUCAAGCGGUUUCCUAGUCACCUCUUGUCUGGCUAUAAAGAGCUUAAAAUUGCCAUAAAACAGUUUACAAUAAAUUUGUACACAUUUUGGCCUUCUGAUCCAGAUGGAAUUAGCUUGUGAAGUUCGGGCAUGCACAGAAAGCAAAAUUUCAAGAUUUCUUUUAGCAUCUUCUUCCCGUCUUCUUUUGCUUUUCUUACCUCAAUUUUUUUUCCUUUUGCCAGGCAUUUAGUAGGAGUUAUUAGCGGUUCAGGGUCAAAUGGGUUAAAUGGCCACCUCCUAUAAGUCACCGCAGCAACUUUCUGGGUUGACGGUUUUAUAAUUUGCCAUUGUUUUUAACCUCUGUUAAGCAACCAUGGUCUGCACUCUAUGUUUUCUAUAUUAUGCAUUUAACUUCUGAAGAUAUACAAAGCACUCUUUGUGACCUGAUGGAACUACACAUAUUGUAGGUUAGACAUUGCAUACAUAAAAUAAAGUUGCUUAGAAAAAGUACAUGUGACCUGAGCUCUUCUCAGAAGAGCCCCUGUGGUUAGAUUACUGUGAGCGAUCACUAGAUUAUUGUAAAAUUCUGGGUAGUCGCCUGUGGCCAGUUCAGCUGUACAUAAUUAAUUUUUGUAUGUCAGUUUUCUGCAAAUCUGGAUUUUAUUUAGCUCAAUAUGUUUAUAAAGUUUCUGUAUGAGUGGAACUGAUGAUUUUCAUCCUUUUUCAGUCUCUUUUUUUUUGGAAAUUAGCUUGUGUUGUUCAGCUUUUAAUGCUGGAAUGAUAUAACAUGGCAAAUGUCAACAUCAAAGGUGUUGAAAAGAUGCCCCUGCUUAAAAUAAGACUGAGUUUUAAUAUUAUAAGAAGCUGCAGUAUUUAAUUGAGAAACUGUUGUAUGAUGAGGUAGUAUUGCUGCUGACUGUGAAUGACUCCACUGUUUGUUUCAGGACCUACAAGUGAGGAUGGAGCAGGGCCCUCGGGUAAUUUUGCAUUUCCGUUGUAAGUAUCUGAGGUCUAUAAUUUGUCUCACAUCAUAGACAUUGAAUCAUUGUAAAAGUUAUUAAAAUUUUCUCUCUUGGUUUUCAAGGGCUUCAAUUGCAAUACCAUUUUUGAUGAUAAUCAUAGGGAUAGUGAUGACAAUGACACCGGCACAUAUGUAUUCUACAUGAAACUCUUCUAUUAAAACUGGCCUGAGCAAUCAGUGUAUGAGAAUACUGCUUCCUGAUUCAUCAAUUCUUUACUCAAGGGUUAGGUGGAGAAUUUUGCCCUGAAAGAAAUAGCAACGUGUACCUACAGAAUUUAAACAAUACAGCAUGUAGCACAUAUACUAAGCUCCCCACAUAUUGGUGACAGUAUUGACCAGUGUUGGUUAUUAUUUAACACUAAUGCGUGACUGUGCCUCCAGAAAAUAUCUGUGCUCUGCUCAGAAAAGAGAGUUUGUAAGGUGAAAAGUUGGUUGUGGUCUCUCCAGAACCAAUGUUGUUAAUAUAAAGUGUAAUGUGAAUAAAACUGAGAUUUCCAUGGGAUUAGUAGGUAGCGAUGUUUUCUGGAACUGUUGCUUAAGAUUGUGCUGUAAUACAGGUACAAGCAACAUCAUUAUUUUAAUGUUGCAAAGACAAUACUCGUGUUUUCAUCCUUGCCACCUUAGUGACUUGCUGUCUCUUUUUUUUACCAUUUAGUAACAUCCUCCGUCUCCAUGGCAACCCUGGUGAUUAUGCAUGGGGUACAGAAGGAUUGGAUUCAAUAAUAACACAGGUCUGUGGCUGCAUUGCUCUUGCAAUUUUCUUGUCAAAGUACCAAGCUUUUAAGGGUAUGCUAAUAAGCAGUAAUGAAUUGCCAAGAUUUUAUGCUACUGGAAGUAUUACACAUGAUAUUUUAGCAAUAGACCUUUUUACCGAUACAGCGGCCAUAUUGAAUUAAUUUGAUUUAAGGAGUAUUAUAGGAUGCCCAGGGGGCAUUAGCACAUUUUGUUUGUAUUUUCGGGCGCUUUUCAGCACAUUUUUUAUUAAAAUUUUGUUAGAAAAAGAUUGUAAUGGGAAAAAAGAUCCUUGUGCCGUGUUUAGAUGAAGUAAUGGUCGCCAAUUUCUAGUUUUGUAUUAGAAAUAUGGUCUUUCACUGUAUAUUUCUUGGGAAAAAGGCAAUCAUUAUUACAUCCAAACACGGCACAAGGAUCUUUUUUCCCAUUACAAUCUUAUUCUAAGAAAACUUUACGAAAAAAUGCCCCGAAAAGCUCUCGAAAAUACAAACGAAAUGUGCUCAUGCCCCCUGGGCAUCCUAUAAUACUCCUUAAAUCGAAUUAAUUCAAUAUGGCCGCCGUAUCGGUAAAAAGGUCUAUUAUGUGUACAUGUAAGGUUAUUGUCUAAACUAUACCAGAAAACACAAAAUGCUAUCCGGUAGAGUAUUAACAGUAAUGGCCUGAAGCUGGAACAAGUCAUUCACACACAUUGGACAUCAUAGCAGAGUGGUUGGCUAAAAGAGUUUGGUUCACUUCAUCCCAUGAAAUCCUGAAAAUUUACUUCUGUCUGAGUGGGUUCCAGUCCUUGCUCCUUCUUAUUCAGUUCUGCUACAGUCUGAACACCUGUUUACACUGCACCAAAGUGUGGUACAGAGCCUAUCCCAUAUAUAGAACUCCAUUUUCAUGCCCUUAAAUCAAAUUCAAAUCAAAUCAUGCCCAAAUCACUCGUCUUAUGUCUUAUCAGAAGCCGUAUUUGGUUAGGUUUUCGUGUUGGCAAAAGAGCCAUCUGGUACAGCGUGAUCGCCUAAGUAGGCCUGCGUGAGUUCUUAUUCAAAUACCUCAUGCAAGUGUAAAGUUGCCUGUGUGUACCCUUAUUUUCAAUCUCAAUGGUUAACCGUAAGUUUGCAACUCAGCUUAAAAAGGCUUCUCUGUGGCAGAGUUAAGGGGAAAAUCAAGGUUCAAGGGAAAGAAAUUCACUAGUUUCUUAAGAGAAAGCCAUUAAGUGAUUUGUAAUAGACCCCACAAAGAAAAAAUAUUAAUACAUUUAUGAAUUUUUGAGACAACGCACUGAUACCCUCGCCUAAGUGGCAUCACAGAUUUUUGCAAUGUUGCCUGCUCAGCAACUUUUGGCAAGAAACACCCCAUUUAUUGUUUGAUUUCAUGUGGCAUUUUUGUUACCAAUGAGCAGGGUGUUCAUUAGGCAUCAGAGAUCAGAGAAAUCCCGGUUUACUACACAGAAUUCUCUGGCUAAAGGCGAUAGCAUAUGACUAUCUUGUAUUCAGACUUGGAGCCUCUUUCACAAUAUUCUCCUGUAAAUUUUCACCUUUCUCUUGCUACCAGAAUUCUUAUUGAAAACCAUGAAUGAGUGACAGUGUGUGUGUGUGCGUGUGAGUGUUGGGAAAUAAAUACCAUCUAUAAUCAGUGUUGACUAUUUUGUAUUCAUUUAUGUCCAUUUUUCUGAAUUAUUAUUAACAGCUUUUAAACCAAAUGGAAGGAGCUGGACCACCUCCUGCAGACUCAGAGAGAAUAGAAACACUUCCAAAAGUAAUAAUUACACAGGAAUUAGUAGGUGAGUACAGACUGUCUUUGAAUAAAUUCUAUUACAGACUCUCUCAAUUUAUUUCUUUAUACAGUCAAACCUGUACAUGUAUAUAAUGGUCACUCCCCGGAGGGGGGGGGGGGGGUACUGUCAUAUAUGGGCUAUAUAGGUAUGUGCCGCUGUAAAGGGUAUGGUUUUCAAGCAGUUUACUCAAGGAUAGGGUAUAUAAAUCAGAGCAUUUGGGUCUAGAAUAGUGUAUCAUUUUUCAGGAAACUGAUCAGUUGGUUGAAGAUUUUAUCUAGACUAGGGAUUGUGGUAUAUGGUUUUGUUUUGGCUAGACUACUGUGCUAGUGACCUCAGUAGUUUCUGGAAAACAGCUACUCUAGGAUAGGGGGAUUGGGGAGUUUACUAUAGUAUAGGAUAGCAAAAUUCAGCUCUAAACUAGCUCUGGUAUAGGUUAAGGGUUCCAGGGUUCCAGCAGCACAUCCCCACCAAGAAAUUCCCAAAGUAUCCCCCCAGGGGGUCACCCUCAGGAAAUGGCCAGUUGACCGUUAUAAACAGGGUGACUGCUACCCAUAGGUUUCCUUUAAAGUCUACUGGAAGCUAAUGAAUAAUUCUUUUAUGUGAGAAUAAUCACUCUAGAGAUUCAAAAACCAAAUACAGUCCAGAUGGUAGGAUGCUAGAGGACAGAUACUACAGUUGUUUGAAAGCAAUAAGAUCAACACUUUCAUUUCUACUCUGUCGGGGUGUGUCGCAAACAUGUCGGAUGCGGAGAAUGACGUGUAUUUGGAGAUGUGUUAAGUAGGCUGUAUUGGAGUGUUACUCCUGCCCUGGUAGUCACAAGUUAAUGAACUUUUCAAUAAUGUCUUUUAUGAUUUGCUAGUCAUUUGAUUGUAAUCCAUUUUGGUGAGCCUUAUAUACGGAUAGAAAAAUAAUGAAAUUGUGAAUGCAGAAAGUCUAAAGGGUGACCGCAUCUGUUACAGCUGACGGCUAUACACAGGUCAACUUUACUGAAAAUAAAAAAGGCAAAAAUAUUUUUGGGAAAUUGUCUUGUGACCAUACUAUGCAGGGCCAUCAUAAACAGGUUUGACUGUAACUGUUUUUCCAGCGAAAUGAAGCCUAGUAAAUGACCAAGAAAAGAAAAGAAAAAUGGGGCAAAACAGUGGUGCAUCCAGGGGGUCUGCACUCCCCCUGCCCUACCUGGUGCUUGUUUGAGACUGAAAUUUUUACAUCGAUAGGAUUGUAUGUCACUUUCUAACCCUAACCCUAACCCUGCUGAUUUUUUUAAUGAAGCACUCGUUGCAUUUUGCCACUAAUAGUCAGGUCUCUUAGUGCAAAAUAUAGGCCGGAUCGUUACAGACGUGACAAAAGUGUCAAAUUUGGCACAGAGCUUCCUUAGCACCUACUGAUUAAUACUGGAGGGGGUGCCCGUUACAAAUGGUCCAAAUUACAGAUAAAAGGGGGGGUUAACUUUCACCUAUAAUAGCAGAUUGGGUUCCCUGUGGUGAGUACUCUUCUUGUUUGAUUUGGCUAAAAAACAUUUGUUGCAAAUUUUUAAGAUUUUAAUUUGGUAAUGUUUAGUUGUUGUUACACUAUUCAAAAUAGUUUUACAUGUACAUAAUACUGACUAGUGCCCAGUCUCUACACGGUAAGUGUGGCCAUGUUCAUUGUGCGGACUGUGCGGCUAUCAGUGUCACUGCUAAGACUUGCCAGUGAUAAUAUCAUUACAUAUCAAUUUAAACAGAUCACAAAGCCAGCUUUCAAAGAUGUCAUACAAUAACAUAAAACGCAAAUGUAUCACAUCCUAAACGACAGAAUCGUUAAAGUUUGACAUGCCACAUGAACGACCUCAUGAACCGUAACUGACAACGCGCCCACUUUGUAAUUGUGCAGCUAAGAUUAGAUUAUAAUUUGCUUCGUUGGUAACCCUGUCCUUGAGAUAAUGAUUAAAACAUUAUCAUUAUCCAUCAUAUCUGAAAGUUUCAAAGCUAUAGCUUAAAACCUGUCCCGACUGGAGGUCGGAGAAUUUGGUUUUUGCGUCUAAAAUAGAGUGAGAGAAAAUCAGCUCUAAAGAUUUAGCGCAAGGUCCACGCUUGGCUGGUUAGCUCAGAAAAGGCUCAUUUUAGAAGGUUAAAAAGCACUUUCUGAUUUUCUUUUUCUGCCAAAAUAAAAUUUAGGACUCCCUCAUGCCAAAAAUCCAAAAAAACCAAAAUCGAGCAAUGCACUAAAAUUUUAAUUUACCGAGACCUUAAAAAGAAGUGUAUGAGGUCCCUGCAUGCCUAGACACCUGUAAGCGGCUCAUUCACUUCAGAGCUCUUGGAACAGAGUGUUAAUGGUAGGUCUAUAGGGUCUUUCAAAAAAAAGGAAGGUUGUCGCGUGCGUUACAAUUUACAAACAAUCUAACUUCAGAAGAGCUGAAAUUUACAGGAACAAGGCCUCUUUUAGCGAACCAAUGAUGCAUCAUUUAUGAAAAUGAAUGUAAUUUGUUUGAUGCAAUUAGGCGAAUACCCCGUGGCUACGAAAUCUUACGAUCAUGAAUUCCUCAAGAGCAAUUCAGUUACCAACUUUUCACAAAAUAAUGCUGUGGAAAAUUACAGAAAAUACCAAAAAAGCAAGGGUCAACAAUAAUUGUGCCCUGGUCCCUUAUAAUAAUGGAGUGAUCGUGAUAAAGAAGUCCAUGAGCCCCAACUUUGACCACUCAAACAGAUUUUUGACAGAUUACAUACUGCAAAACUUUGCAUUCACUCAUGCCUAUGUUGCCACACCAGGAGCCUAGAAAUCGGCUCCUGGUCACACCUUGUUUUUAUUGCUGAAUAUCAUUCUAAAGAGCUUUACGAAAUAUUUUGUUAGUAGGGGUGUUUUGAACAUGAUUGAUAUUUAGAGAUGGUGACAAAAACGAACACAGAAAAAGUCACAAAACGAGACGCAUGAAACAACCGCAAUCUAAUAUUCGUUUUACACCGAUAUAAUGGCUUCUUUGGCUGCUAUGCUGACAUUCUUGAAGAUGGCCGGUAGUAUCACAGCUCGUCCCGGGCUAGGUAUACCAUUUAUUACCAGUUUCACGGUUCCUGAGACUUAGGGUCUGUUAACAUAAAGGUGGGGGACCCCAGGUAGGUGAGGUAACCUGCUUAGGUGGGGUAAAAAAAUAACCCUUCUUUACAUGCAGUCUUACAACCCCGCCAUCCUGGGGUGCAGUUUCUCAAGAUUAUUGAAUGGUCGCUAAGCAUGUAAACAAGAAAAAUGCUGGCAAACCACGUCUACGCUCAAUUGCUGCUCUUGCUGCAACCUUCAGUGUUGUGGCUUUCUAUUGUUACCUUUAAUAAUUAUGUGAAGCCACCCAGCGCCAAAGUGAAUUUUGCGCGAAUUUGAUGUAUCACGAAUCCGACCCCGACUAGCCUGGGUUUCCUCACCUUGAAACGUUGACAUGGCAAAAUUUGACCUCAGCUGAGAGGGUUACCUGGUGUGGCAGACCGGGCUACCCACCUUGAAGGGUGACCCCACCUAUCAUGUAAACGUGAUCAAAUUAAAAUGAGAGAUUAUAUGGACAAGUGGGUUACCCCACCUAAGUGGGUUACCAUUCCUACCUGGGGUCCCCCUCCUCCAUGUAAACAGGCCCUAAAAGUUAGCCCGGCCCCCUUUCUACAGUUUCAGAAGUUAAACCAUUCACCAUUUAUCAUUUGAGUCAAUCUUGUACCACUUGAGUCUCACUUUUACGACUUGAUAAGCUGUUAUUAUUUUUGGACAUGAGUGCUUCAGUGCCAAGUGUAGAGGCUUCAUGAUAAACUGUGCUGUUUUUUGAAGCUUGGGCUAACUUGUUUCUUUUUUUUGUUUAUGAGACCAGAUUCUUUUUUGUUUGUUUUUGCUUUGUAAAGCUUAGACAAACUGCGGAAAUUGUAACUGAUAUGACUUGUGCCACGGUGCUUGCUUCUCUGUCAAAACAUGCACUUGCGUCCAGCAGAUAACUGGAUAAAGAGAGACUGAAAGGCAUCCAGGCCUAUGUUAAGCUGAAAAAUAAAUUACCUCCCUAGGAAAGAACUAUUUUGGGUUCUGUCAUUUCGUUAUUUGCUCUUCAUGAAUAGCUGUCAUAAAUCCCUGAUAAUAUGUGAUACAACAGACUCUUUGACAAUUUCUUUUUUCUGAAAUUUUGUGUGUGAAUCGCUAUGCCAUACGCUUUCUUCAGUUUAAAGUGACAUGUAAUGACAAGUAAUACUUGAUAAAUAAGGCUUAAGCCACACAAUAAGGCUUCUCUAAUUGAAAUACAUUAGAAAAGGAGAAGAGACCCCAGAAGCUGAGUACUUGCAAGUUAUGAAGCAAAGACGAGGCCAUCUUAGAAAUGACUUAUGAAAAUGUGGGCGGACUGUGGACUUGCUUUAAGGGCACAGUAAUAAUCAACUUAAUUAUACAAUCGAUAAGCAAAAAUGGAUGGGAAUGCCAGAUGUUUGAGUGAAAUUGUUGUUUACCACCUGAGAAUAGAAUUCAGAGUGAUUUAAGGUAUUAAAUAACAAUUUUCAAUCAAAACACCACAGGGACCCCAGCAGGUGAAAUUUGCAAUAAUUAAAUCCUGUUUAGCCGCUUCAGUGGCAUAUUUGCAUUGGGCACCCCCUCUAAUAUUCAUGGUACUGCAAUAAGCUAUCGCUGUGCAAAGUUUGGUGCUUUUGUCAACUCUGUAACGAUCCUGACCCUAAGAGACCUGACUAUAAACUAAAUUCGAGGGAUAUUGAUGAAAAAUGUAAUAAUUAUUGUUUUGGGUACCCUUCUAUGAUCUGAGGACAAGGUUGGUGGGGGGUGUGGGCGAGAAGUAAUUUGCCACAAAAAAAGUUCAGCAGUCCUUUCUGAAUCAAAGUGUGUACCUCCCGGAUAAAAAAUUCCUGGAUCCGCCCCUGCAAAAAAAGUGAAGACAAGAGGAGACAAAGCAAAAAGUCGAGACUGCUGUGUCACUUUUAAACAAAAACUAUCUUGAAAUAUUUUGCUUUCUGCACGUGCUUGAACUUUGGAAGCUGAUAUUUUGCAUUUGAAACAGAAGGCUGCAAAGGGCUUGACUUAUAAACAACAUUUUUACUUUUAUGACUUUAAAAUAAAGGUAUGCUGUAUUUUUUUCAUCUAGAUGCCUGUGUGGACUGUGCUGUUUGCCAAGAAAAGUUUUCAUUAGAUGAAGAAGUUAGGCAAUUACCAUGUAAACAUUAUUAUCAUUUUGACUGCAUAGAACCUUGGCUAAAAAUGGUGAGUAUUAUGUCAACCUAUAUGAAUAACAUUGAAGGUUACUUUACUGACUCUAAAGGAAAAAAUCAUGCUGUACCCCGAUGCAUUGUUUAUACAGAACCAUUGCUAGAAGAAAGGUGAAUAGCAUUUCUGAGAUAGCCAGAGGGUGUAUAAAACUGCACUAUUCAUUUUUGUAGUCUAGCACAUUUCCUCUGGACAAUAACUCAAGUUGUGCUUUGUUUUUGAAGAAGGGCACUUAGUCAAGGGGCAGCAGGUAUUCAUUCCGUGCCAGAGGAUUUUUCAGGUCAACGUGACAACCUCUUCUGUAUAGUGUAGAGUUUAGUUUUUCCCUUCAUGAAACUAAACAUUAGGUUCAAUUCAAAAGAACAGGUAAUGUUCACCUGAUAACUCUGGAGGUGAACUUAAAGUGAGUUAACAGAAACUGUUCACCCAUGUUGAUGCUAGUACAGUAUAGUAAGUCAAUGAUAAAAGUCUGUGAAAGUCUGCUUGUGAUAUCAAAACUGCCUAAGAAACUGGGUAGCACAUAAUUUACUAUUUCGUUCAAGAGGUGGGUACUUAUUUUUCGAGGUUGCUUAUAAUAAUUAUUAUGGUAUUGAGGUGUCUCACAGAAGACAGUAUUUGAUUAGGUGAAAACGUUUUCUGAAAACAAAACUCAUCACACUCUGUUUUCUUGCAGCAUGACUCUUGUCCAGUUUGCCGUUUAAGUCUCAGUAGCACACAGACAAGAGGAUCAUGAAGCUGACGAGCAGUUUUAUUAUGACUUUUUGAUUUCCUAAUAUUAUUAUAAUGAGCACACUUUUGAUUAGCGCUGCCCUACAAGUAAUGAAAAUUGGGUUAAAGUUGAAGUUUUAAGUUAUUAGUAUACAAGAUCUACCAUGUCACUUCUGAGAGUUGGUCGGUGUGAAAUAUUUACAGCCUUUGUACUUCAUGGUACAAGGCUAGACCAAUCAUUGUAAAUCUUCAGUAGAGUAUUAACUGGUUUACACCUUUGUAACAAGUGUAAAUAAAAAAUGUUCAAUGAUUAGAGUCAUUAUCUAUUAUCAUUAAGAUAGGACUGUGUAAAGACUUUUUAAAUUUAUCUUCCUUUUUUUUUAUUCAACCAAAUGUGCUUAAAAGGAUAAACAUAAGUCUUUGUCUUUUCAACUGUUAAUUAACUACAGCUUGCAGGUAUGUCAUUGUAAAAGGAGGCAAUAAUUAUGUUUUAAUAGGAAGCCCAUUUCCCUCAACAUACAGCCUGUUUUUUUUUUUUGCUGUUACUUUCCACUUUCAGUCAGUAAUUAAAAAAGGCAAUUUACUAAUUUACUUUAUAAUCAAUUUUACAGCACAGUUCACUUUGAAAUUCUUGUUGUAUGUCUUAAACCUAGGUGAUUCAGGGAGUUUCUUUUCAAACAACCAGCUGCAAACUUCAAAUCUUACUGGAACCAAAGCCUUGCAUUUACAAGGACAUGUCCCUUAGACAUAACAAUUCACACAAAAACUAAUGCAGCCACUACUUGUGAUAUAACAAAAGUAGGAUUCUUAUGCUGAGGCUUUGGUGGUUCCUGUAUCAGUACAGGAUGGGGGUUUGAUUAACAGUCAAUUCACAUCUUUCCUACAAGAGAAAUUUUCUCUAAAAAAAUCAGUCUGCAUAUGUCUCACUUCAGCAAACUGUUGCAUGUACAUGAUGACCUUGUAACAAAUGUGUGGAACACUGGAGAAGCAUUUUUGCAACCUCAGCAUAAUUUUGUGAUUUUAACAGUUUGUGAACCUUUGGGAAAACGUUGUAUCCCUAAACGGAAGCUACUUGUUAUUAACUUGUUAUUAGUAUUAUGUCUUGAAUAGGUUUAAGGUGAUUAUACUUUCAGCUAGUAAUCAAAGUCAGCCUGUGUAAUACAGGACCCCUAGGUUCAAACCAUUGAAACUAAAUAAAAUACCACAGUCAAGAGUUGCAAAAAUGUAGUUUACUGGUUAACAAUAUUAUUUAACAAUACUGCAGACUUAUGUAGCUGUAUGGUAAUUUUAUUGGCAUAAGACAGUAAUUCUUGGGAAGAAAAAAAAGAAUUUACAGUUAUAGGACAGAAUGAUUUCCAAUUUUGUUUUAUUAAUAUUAUUUGUAAUUUUCUCAGAUCAACUCUUUGUGGUCCAGUGGUCACGUUUAUGCCAUUGAUCUACUUCAUGAUCUUUAUGAUGAUCUACUUCAUGAUCUUUAA